AUGAAGUCGUUAGGAUCCUUGAAAAUCGAGUCAGACGGUACUGUUUUUGAUUUCAACCCUCGCGUGCCAAUGAGAAAGAAACGAGAAAAAAUAAUAUCCAACGCCAGAGUCAACUGGGAGCAGAACAAAUUGCAGAGCAAAUACUGCACGGACCACCGGAGCAAGUCUCACAACGUGUCGAAUUUGAAUUCGAAACUCACGGGUAUUCAAGGCGGCAAAAGUUCGAACGCGUCGAUCUUGAUGCACAAACAAAUCGACAUAGCCUGUCGAUCGCGAAAGCAAAAGGAAGCCUUCGCUAAGACCAAAUCCAACAAUCCGAAUUAUUUUCGAUCGUUCGACGUAAAACUGCCACCGAUCAUCCUGCCGAUUUUGCGAAAUCUCGCGAAUCCAGUUUUGCCAGGGCAGGACGGGAAAUCGAGCCUCGGCGAGCAGGCACAGGCCAGAGAGACGAUUUACAAAGACUCGUCGGACAGCGAUUUGGAAUCGUCCGAGAGCCAUCCCAGCCUCAAGAGCGGUUUGAAGAAAAAUUUGAUCUCUUACUCGGCGCACAAUGCUCUUUUCAAAUCCGAUCGGGAGGAUAAUCCGGAGAAGAGUAGCGCGAUCGUUUACGAGUGUUACUUGGACAGAGUUUCGUCCAAGAGCCAUCAAUCGAGAGACGCGAGCUCCGGAUGUGGCCCGGCCACGACCAACAUUUCGCUUCGAGAGAUCAAGAUGAGCGGUCGCUUCGGCGAGAUCAGCAAGGCUCUGAAGAUGGACCAGCUGGACGCGAGCAAAAGCAACGGAAGAUCGAGGAUCGAGUCGCUGUCCGGUCAGCCGCUGCAGCGUACCUUGUCGGUCGACGCCAGAGAUCCGGCUCCGGGUGUUGAUUAUUUGGCCGAGAUAGCCGGCCAGUGCCUCAACAUCUACGGCCAAGGUGCGCUGCGCUACAUCGACAAGCAGCACUGCGAUCUCGGCCGCGCCAACGACAUCAACUUCGUCAAGUUCAAUUACGUCCAUUUCAACAGCAUAGCCAUGUGCUUGAACAAAAUCAAGUACAGCUUCCCCAACGUCGACCAUUUCAUUUUCAAAGAGACGAACAUCAGCCACCUGGGCCAGCUCAACGCUUUGGCGGAGUCGCAGGGCCUCAACAGCAUCACCAUCGAGUCCGACGGCAAUCCGAUAAUAUCGAAAAAUUGGAAGAUCUACGCGAUCUUUCGCUUGGCCCACUGGGGAUUGCAAAUGGUCAACGGGGUCAAGGUCACCGAAGAGAAUAUCCAAGUGGCCAAUUUGGAGUUCGCUGGUCUCACCGACAUAGUCAUGUGGUCGCUGCCCGAGGCGCUUUUGGAGCCACUACUCGAGCGCCUGUGCUUGGAUCAGACGCGAAAGAAAAACGGCGAAAAUAUCUCCGCGAAGCAAUUUCUCUUGGAAAAUGACUCGACCCUGAGAAAUGUCGUAGGCAAAGAGGCCCUGCAAUGGCGAAGAGGCAGCAUAACUCAGGAUGAUUUAAUUUGGAGACACAAAGGAAAAAAUUAUCUUUCUCGAUCGAUAGAAAACACCGUCGCUGCAAUAGAAAAAUUAAAUAUAUUUCAAAUCGAAUGGCCAACUUAUUUGUUUGAAAUCAUAUACAAUAUCUUGAAAGAUUAUUCUAAUAUGUACGAAUACAUGAAAAGCCGGACAAAGGAGCUCCAAUGA